UCAAUCUUAUCUUUAAAUUACUAAUUAUAUUUUAGUUAUUAUAAUUUUUCAUAGCCUUGCAAAAUAACUUUUUUUAAACAUAUCUUAAGAGAAUUCAAAUUAGAAAGCAGUUAGACUAUGAAGCUAUCUACUUCAACAGAAUGGCUUUUCUUUCAUCUUUGGAAGAAAAAUCCAGAGACGGGAACAAGUUGUCCUGGUGUUUUUUUGGUAGAUACUGUCAUAUAUCGUUGGGCAUAGCCCUAUUUUUGGUAUUUUACAAAUAGAGAUGGCGAAAUUAUUAGGAAAACUAAAGAGCGUAUUGAUACAGAGCAUGUAAAAGAAACAUUUAUGUAUAAUGUGCCUACAAGCGGAGUAGUGGCAUAAUAUUUGGUUUCAUAAGAUCCUACUUAAGUUACGGGAUAGAAAAAUUUCAAUAAAAAUAUUAAUGAUGGACAGAUGAAUUAAAAUGGAGGUAUAGAAUAAGAAGUUAUAUAAUUUGAAUAUUUUGAUGAAGAAAACUUUAAUGUAUUUCUUCAUUAACGUGAGAAAAAUCUAAAUGCUAUUCUUUAAAAAUUCAUAUAUCCGAAAAGCGGAAAGAAUUCUCUGAUUAAGGUUUCUUGGUCGCCAUAAUUUUGCUUGCUAUAUCGCAAAACAAAUGUUAAUCCAAUUGAUAAUCCUAAAGUGCCUAUUAACGAAAAGCUUUGCACUUUUGAAGGUCCUGAAUAUUUAGCUAUUUAAGACAGCAUAACAUCACCUAUAUUAUCUGCAGAUUUAGAAUAAAUGUGUGUGAAUAUUGUUAAGCACAUUCAAGAUAUAUCAGGUGGUAACAUUCAGAUAUCUAGAAUGGUUUUAUAUUUUAAGCUUGAUGAUAGAAACAGACUUUGGUUGCUCUUUUGCACAGGACUUAAAAUCAGAGAAAGAUUUUAGGAUUAUAACACUAAAAAGCAAACAAAUAAUUAGUAAAGCGAGAAAAUGCAAGCUGGAGCUGGAUAAAAUUAAUCUACUGUCCCAAGAACUCUUUCUCCUGUUCUUAGAAUGUCUAAAACUUAAAAUCAAAUCAAGCACACAACUGGAGCACUUAACAUUAAUUAUGGAUUUAUUAACAAUCUUUAGAAUAAUUUUAAGAAAAACUGCUCAAAUUGUGAGGUACAAACUACUGAUCUGUAUGAUCUUAAACUAAGCAAUAUUAUAGAAUCUUUCGAAUAGGGUGCGAUUGACAAUUCUAAAACUAUUCUUCCUGAGGAAAUUUUGAAGCUGAUUGAACAAAAUAAGGCUAAAAAGUUAAGAAGAUUGAACUAAGGUAAGAAGAAAAAUAAUAUCUAAGACUAGAGACCAUUAAGCAAAGAAGAGGAAUUAAAAGAAUUAUUUAAAUUCCUAGAUGAGGAGCAUCAAAAUAAUGAUAUCGAUUUAAAUAUCAUGCCUGCUUUGAUUGUAAAAGUUUGGGGCAAUCUCACCUCUUAAAAUUAUCAAAAAAUUAAAAAAAACAAAAGUUGGCUUGAAUUAACCACUAAAGUUUGUGAUACCUGCUAUUUAGACUACACUAAAUGCUCACUUGAAACAGAUUUCAUUAGAGAAACAAAGAUUAAUUAGGAUAAACUAAAAAAUGAUAUUAAUGUUAAAGAUAAACCAGUUUUCGGUGAGUAUGGAAAUGGAACUGCUUAGUCUAUUGGUUAGAAGAAAUAUAAUUCUUUGAAUCAAGCUAAGCAUAAAAACAACAUGGCUAGCUAAAACUAUCUAAAGUCAAACUAAGAUUCUUUUUAUAAUAUAGAUUCUCCCAUGGCAAAAUCAUCCAGAACGAAUUCGCCUAAUAAUUAAUCUUAAAUAAAUUCUUUUACUUCUUAACUUAACUCUUAAUAGGGGAUAGCAAACAACUAAGGCUCAAAUACAGGGAAAGCUAGCUAAUUUUUGAAUAAAAAAAGCACAUUUUUUAGUAAUCCCUAAUAAUUUAUAGCUCAAAAUUAAGAAGAUAAUAACAACAAUAGAUCAAAUAGUGCUAAGUCUAGAGAUAAAUAUGUAUUGGCAGAAUUAAACUAGCAGCAACAAUAACCUAAUGAUGAGCAAAAUGAUUAUGGUUUGAAAACAAUUUAAGAAUAGAACAAGGCUUAUAACAACCUAAAAAUCAAUAAAUUAAUGGAUUUUAAUGAAUAAAAUAUAGGCUAAUAUCAGUUUUCUUCUCAAAAUUCUAAAGAGCAAAACAAUUAAAAUAUAAAAACCUCAAAAAAAGGUAAAAAGCUUGUAAAACCAUCAUUUUAUCACAAUCCUGAAAAAAUUUACAAAACCAAUCUUUAUAAAACUCAUGUCAAACUUCCAUCUUUAAAAAAUAAUUAAGCGUUUAGCGAUUCAGGAAGCCUUUCUGGCUCUACUUAGAGCAAGUUGAGCCAUGACUUCUUAAUAAAUACAAUAAGUUCUCUUAAAAAUUCUAUCAAAGAUAUAGAGGAUUUCAAUCCCGAUGACUACAAUUGA